CCCCUUCCUCACCAACGAAUCCCCCCAACCCUCCACAUCACCACCGAGCUCUCGAUUUCAAUCUCACCACCAUGUCGGGCCGCGGCAAGGGAGGCAAGGGGCUGGGCAAGGGCGGCGCGAAGCGGCACCGCAAGGUCCUCCGCGACAACAUCCAGGGCAUCACCAAGCCGGCGAUCCGGAGGUUGGCCCGCAGGGGCGGCGUGAAGCGCAUCUCCGGGCUGAUCUACGAGGAGACGCGCGGCGUGCUCAAGAUCUUCCUCGAGAACGUGAUCCGCGACGCCGUCACCUACACGGAGCACGCCCGCCGCAAGACCGUCACCGCCAUGGACGUCGUGUACGCGCUCAAGCGCCAGGGCCGCACCCUCUACGGCUUCGGCGGCUGAGAUCUGCCUUGGGUCCCAGGCUGGUCGAUGGUGUUAGGGUUAGCAAUGGUGUUUGGCGUUCGUUCCAUCAGAUGUCUGAAGGUGUAUCCUUGUCUGUUUUGUGCAAAGCAGUAAUAUGUUCUUUGAUGGGAAAUGGAAUCCGAAGCUUAUGAAUGAAAUCCAUCAGUGUUACUUUUCU